CAUGAAAUAUUAAAGGAAACUCCCCGUCCCGGCCAUCCUCUGCUCCGCCAUGGUCGGCCCUCCGGUCACCGGGGCUUCGCCGCUGUGAACCCACACCUCGGCAAACCGGCUCCGGUUGCCUGUUUGUGUCUGUAACGGGGAUCGCUAGCUCGUUAGCUAAAUGACCCCUCUGUCUCGGCUGGAGCUCAGCGGCCAGCUAGCCAGCCCCAGCCGUGUGUGUGUGGUGUGGGGGGGGGGAGUGGAAUGCCGCUAGCUUCAAAAUAAAGCGAGGUCGCCGUCCGGGUUGAACCGAGUCUCGAAAUGUCCCCACCGUGAAGGUGUUGCAUGUUUGUCAAAGCUGGAAUGAAUCCGAGUCUCUGCGUUCACGGCGAAUUGGCGCUAAACCCUCCAGCAGAGGAGGGUUUGGCUGCAGAAACGGCGACGCUAGCAUGCUAACAGGCUAAUGUGUAUGCUAGUGCAGGACCAUAACAAGCUAACCGGCUGCAGCCUGUCAGAUUCUGUCAAACCAAUGUGCUCGGGGAAAUGCACACGUUGUAAAUAUAAAACACGUCAAAGCCUGUAAAUGAUUUAAAAUGUGCUGCAUGUUGAUUGGUUUAGUGGCAUGUUUAUAUUCUGGUGGAGAAGAGUUGGAUCCCUCUUCUAACAUGCCUCUUGUGUUUUCACAGGAGGUAAUCCCGGCAUGGGGGACAUGAAGACCCCAGAUUUCGAUGACCUGUUGGCAGCAUUUGACAUCCCUGACAUCGAUGCCAAGGAGGCCAUCCAGUCUGCCCCAGACGAGGCAGAGGGGCCCCAUGGAGCCGCAGGAGCCCCCCUGGGCAAGCAGGACAGUGUGGUGGGUGUUGGGUCGUCCAUGAGGCCGCCAAGCCCUGCUGACCCACAGGCGGACACCCCCAUUGUCAGCGUGAUCGUGAAGAAUAAAGUACGCCUGGAGACCGUAGAUGGAGACGAGGGGGACGCAGACCAGGACCCGAUUGAUGUGAUCGCCGGGGUGGAUGUGGGUCCCAGACUGGGUGCGUGUGCCCCUGGGAUGGCUGAGUCCGAGGCUUUGAACCACAACGGUUUUGGGGCGUCCGGUGUGUCCACGCCCCUGCCCCUCAGCCAGGCCCAGUCCAACGGGGCGCCGUGGUCAAUGAACACCCCCAAAGUGUCUUCAGAAGCAGCCGGUGUAAGUAAGGCUCACAAGCAAGGGGGGAACAUUUUCAACAGACUCAAACCGCUCGUGGCACAAGGGUCUGGAGAUCCAGUGGGUCGGGCCAGGAAGAUGCAGCUUCUCCAGCAGCAGCACCAGCAGCAGCAGGACACAGGCCAGGAGAGGGCUGAUGGCGUCAAAGCAUCAUUACCGUCGUCGUCCUCUCUAUCAGCGGGGUCUUCUCCUCUGGCUGCUGCCGGGCCCGUCGGACUGUCCUCACCUUUCUUUCCGCCCUCCAAGCCUCUGCUUCCAACUCCCCCCUCUGCCCUCUCAUCGCACCCGCUGCACUCGUCUCAGCCUUUUAACGGAGCUCCCAAAAGUGGCACCGCUGGAUUUCAGCACCAGCAGAUGGAGGAGGAUGAUUCGGACCCUGAUCUGGGGAGUCCACUGGUGAUCCAGGAGACCCCAGACUCCCCGACCUGCCCUCAGCUGAGCCAACAACGCUACAAGUCUGACUCUGUCUCAUCUCAGCCUCCAUCCUCCACUUCAUCUCACCCGAAGCCUGGGGACACUCCGUCUGGGGCCUCUCUGACUUCCUCAACCCCCCAGUCUGGCUCGACGGAGAGUCCCCAGCUGGAGGACCGGCACCCAGAACACGUCAUCGAAGAGAGAGACUCUCCAGAGAGUCCUGAGCCAGAGAUCCCCAAAUCAACGGCUCAAGUCAGCUCAAAGAGGUGCUCCAGCCCCGCAGUGGCUUCCACUCCACCUCCUUCUGAGCUGCGGGAGCCCAAAGAGGAGGAGGAGGAGAUGGAGGUGGGGAAUGGGAUCGAUAGGGUUGUCGAUGGCAAAGCUGACAAGGGAGAAAAUGCGAGAACGGGUGAGGAAAAAAUGGAGGUAGAUGAUGGGAAGCCUAAACCCCCGUCCACCGAUGUGGGAGAUGUUCCUGCACCUGCUGCUUCUGGAGCCCCGUCCCGACCCUUGAAAGUCAGAAUAAAGACAAUUAAAACCUCCACGGGUGGAAUCACCAGAACUGUCACCAGGGUGGCGCCUAAAGGGGCCGCUGCGAAAGGUUUGGACUCUAAAGCUCAAACGGGGGAGCGAAAGCUGCUGGGAAAACAGGCCCAAAAGCUCGAAGCGUCCCCCGGUCACAUGACAACAACAUCCCAGAAAGUAAGUGCUCUCAAUGCUCUGCCUGUGUCGACACUCGCAGCCAGCAGCGUGAUGCUUGCUGCCGCCACCAAGGUCCAAAACAAAAUGGCUGCAUCUGACAAGGCCAAGGUUUCCGCCACUGCUGUGAGCAUCACCAAAUCUGCUGCUCUGCCUGCGACUCCAUCUGUGACCUCCUCCCCCAAGUUCUCUGUAGCUGCCGGUGGGAUCAGCGUACGCACAACCACUAACAAGACGGCUAACGGCGGCAGCGGCACCCUGUCGCCGAACAAACCUGCCUCCAUCGUCAACAGCACAGGCGCCGUCAUCUCCCGCAGUCAGUCGAGCCUGGUGGAGGCCUUUAACAAAAUCCUGAACAGUAAGAACCUUUUGCCGAGCUACAAGCCCGACCUCUCUGCCCCCCCGCCGCCUGAGUGGGGUCUCCCGCUCCCUGCCACAGGGUACCGCUGCCUGGAGUGCGGAGACGCCUUCGCCCUGGAGCGCAGCCUGGCUCGCCACUACGACCGGCGAUCGCUUCGCAUCGAGGUGACCUGCAACCAUUGUGCUAAGAGACUGGCCUUCUUCAAUAAGUGCAGCCUGCUGCUGCACGCCAGGGAGCACAAGGAGCGUGGGCUGGUCAUGCAGUGCUCACACCUGGUCAUGAGGCCUGUCACCGUGGAGCAGAUGAUUGGCCAGCAGGACAUAACGCCCAUUGGUGGCCUGCUCACCUCUUCGUCCUCGUCUCCUCCAGUCUCCUCUCCCUCUACCACAUCCGGGGGCGCCGCCAUGUCUGCCAACUCCAGCCCGAUGAAGGACGCCUCAUCUCCAGCAGCAUCUCAGCCUCGGCCGGUGCGCCGCGUGCCUCAGGGUCCCCAAGCGCUGAUGCCUCUGCCCUGCAAGAAGGCCGACGUGCUGCAGUACCACAACUUCAAAUGUCCGGAGUGCCAAACACAAUUCGCGGGCAAGGCUAAUCUGGUCACCCACUUCCAGCAGAUCAGAGCUGCUCCGAACUCGACAUGUACGCAGUGCUCACCUCCCAUGAUGCUGCCAAACUCGUGUGCGGUGUCCGCCCACCAGAGGAUCCAUAAACACAAAGCGCCCCAUGUGUGUCCCGAGUGCGGUGGGAUCGCCCGGCAGGACGGCUUCCAGACCCACCUGGAGGAGGCCUGUCUGCACUUUGCCAGGCGCAUCGGCUACAGGUGCUCGAGCUGCCAGGUCGUGUUCGGAGGCCUGAACUCCAUCAAGUCCCACAUUCAGACGGCUCACUGCGAGGUCUUCCACAAGUGCCCCAGCUGCCCCAUGGCCUUCAAGUCUUCCCCCAGCGCCCAGAGCCACAUCAGCACCCAGCACCCGACGCUCACCGGAGGACAGGCCAAAAUGAUCUACAAGUGUGUGAUGUGCGAUACGGUCUUUACCCAAAAGCCCUUGCUGUACAUGCACUUUGACACUCAUCUAGCCAAGCAGAAAGUGCACGUGUUCAAGUGUCCUGACUGCACGAAGCUCUACGCCCAGAAAGGUUCAAUGAUGGAGCAUAUUAAGACCACACACAGAGGCCCAGCAGCCAAACAGGAGUCUGUGUCGGAGGCCCCUAACCCCGUCUCGGCCCCGACCCUCACAUCCAGCCCCUCUGGCCUCAAAUCCAAGCCCCCUGGAAAGCCUGACAACUCUGACGGGGAAGACUGGGGAAGGGAGCAGGAAGAGGAGGAGGAAGAGGACGACGACGAAGACGACGAUGCCGACGAGGACUACGAGGCUCCGGGGGCGACCGCGGCGGGGGGCAGCACUCAACUCGCUGCCCAGACCGAGUGGACCUGCCCCCAGUGUCAGUCCACCUUCACUGACAACGACACCUAUCUGAGUCACGUGAAGACGGAGCAUGGCAAGUUCCCCUGUCGUAUUUGUGGCGGCACGUUCAGCACGUCCUCCAGCUUGAGACGUCACGAGCGCGUUAUUCACGAGGGCAACAAAAGAGUCUUCCACUGCCAAUACUGCACAGAAGGCAAGCGGACCUUCGGCAGUCGGUUCUUACUGGACAAACACAUUCGGCUCCAUCACAGAACCCCGGAUGGACAGGCUGCCCCCAUGACCAGGAAGCGUGCAGCCACCGGGGGAGAAGGUGCAGGAAGCUCCUCAGAACAAGACGGUGAGGGCGUGCCCCCUGGAGCCAGGGCAGGAGACGAGGAAGAGAACGCCACAGAGGAGGGUGAGGAAGUCAGCGCUCCCGCCAAGAGAAGCAGGGCGACCGUGCCAUCGACGUCGCUCAGUGAGCUGGAAGAGGAAGACAACGUUUUCCGCUGCGUCCCCUGCGGCUUCUCCACCGAGGACGGCGCAGAGUUUCAGCGCCACAUCCCCCAGCACCGGGCCGACACCGCCUCAUUCCAGUGCCUGCAGUGCGGCGUCUGCUUCGCGUCAGCCGGCUCUCUCGGCCGGCACCGCUUCAUCGCUCACCGCGUGCGGGAUACCCAGAGUGACGCGGAACGGGGCACCGCGCGCACGCACGGCUCCCCGGAUGGCUCUCCCGCUUCCUCCCCACAGGCGCUGGGUGAGGACGGCGACGGGAACCUGGGCUGCAAGGUGUGCGGCCGGCGCUUCGACAAGGCCUCGGACCUCAACACCCACUUCAGGACCCAUGGCAUGGCCUUCCUCACCGCACACAAGACGGACAAGCCCCAGUAGAGGCGGGGCCGGGUUCCUCUGAGACUGACGUGUCAUCUGCGACGAGGAGUCGAGUGUCACGCCCGAGCAGGGAGGCGGCAGAAUAUGAAUGUCGACGAAAACGGAGCUGCUUCCUCUGCUGUUUUUUUUAGCUACAGUAAACAGUUUAAAUCUCUGGCACCUCGUGUGUGCGAUUGUAACUGCAUGUUUGAUCCUGUUACUGGUCACCUGACUGAACGCACCUGUGAUAGUGGAACGGCUCUCAAACGGCCCCCUCCCCCAACUAAAGCAUUUCUAUAUCAGCCAUAUUGUUUUCCAAUCACUCUGCACUGAGUGUCGCCACCUGCCUGUUACCACAUGUAUCGCAUAUUUUAAUACACAACACCCCCCCACUGUACUCAUGAUUGCUGUAGUGCCGAUAUUUUUCUACUUUACAUCGUUCUCACAUUCGUUUGCAAGUCGUCGCUCGUUUCUGGCGUCCGGCCGGUUUUUACCAGCUCCAGACGCCGGUUCACAUGAUCUCAAGCAAAAAAAAAUCCCCUCGACAUCUGGUGAGCGUAGAAUUGACACUGAUUUUUAUUUUUAAUUUUGCUAUAAUAUUUAUUUAUAUGAAACACAUCAUGACUCUUGGUAUCUGUGCGAGUCGGUUGCGCCGAAUCUUACGGUGACGAUUUCCCUGCGACACAAACACGAGAUGCGACUCCUGGAGGGCAUUUCAUUAGCAGACGAGGUCACUGGAGGCGUGUGACCUGUGUAGUGUGAAUAACGUGUGGUGAUGUUAAUCGUAAAGCUAGAAGACGAGAGGCCAGGCUUCCUGCCAGUAGUGUACGUGUACGAGUUUUGCCAUGUAAAUAUAUAUAAUGACACUAAAAGAAAAGCGUUCUGGUUUUAGUAACUUGUUAUGAUAAUGUGAAUACGUAUAGUAUUUGUACUUGUACCGUUCCUUUCUUUUUCCAAAACCAUUUGAAGUCUAAAAAGAAAAAAAGAACCCCCCCCUUACCCCCCCAGAGGUAGCUAUACAUUGUAAUUACAAAGCAGAGUGAGAGCGGGGGGGUUGUGUCGUCUUAAUGUGUAUGAAUACAAAUGUUUAUCUCUUGAGAUGUUUUUUUAAUCAACAGAAUCAGUGCUUGCUGUACUCACGUUUCUUUUAUAUGUUUGAAAAACAGCCUUCACGUUCACGUGAUGGAGGCCGACGAGUGGAAUUCUUUUUUUUGUCCGUUUGUAUCUUUUAUAUGUCAUGCUAUCAUAUUUAUAUAGAUCAAUAGUGGAAACUUCAUGUCAUUUUCUUUUUCCAUGGUUGUGGUCUGCUUGCUGAAAUGCCAUACACUUUUGUGCUGUUUCGAAAUAAAUGUGUAAAAGGAGA